CCAGGUGGCGUCGACGACAAGCGGCGGAGUAGAGGCGACGGAGCUCACCUGGGUCGAGGUUUCGAGGACGACUAGACCAGGUGAGCUCCGUCGCCUCUCCUCCUCCGCUUGUCGUCGACGCCACCUGGUCCUGCGGCCGCCGUCGCCUCUCUUCCUCUAUCCAUCUUCAUUGUCGUCAGAGAUUUUAUAGAAAAUACACGAAUGGAGUCAUCCCAGAGUACUGUAACUACAGGAGUGAAUGGUGGAAGUGGUGGCAAUGGGAUGUUGAUCCCUCAAACAAAUGAUACAUCGUCUCCUGCAUCAGCUGCUGAUAAUUCUAUGCAGAAGCUAAACCAGGUUAUCAACUCCAUUCAAAAGACCUUGGGCCUCAUUCAUCAGCUUUACCUAACUGUCUCUACCUAUAAUCCUGCCUUUCAAAUGGCUCUCCUCCAACGCAUCAAUGGUCUUGUUCUGGAACUUGACAAUAUGAUCAAAUUGGCCGAAAAGUGCAAUAUUCAGGUUCCUAUGGAGGUUGUCAAUUUAAUUGAUGAUGGCAAGAAUCCGGAUGAAUUUACAAAGGAUGUAAUAAUGAACUGCGUUGGGAAAAAUCAAAUCACCAAAGGAAAAUCAGAUGCUUUGAAGGGUUUACGCAAGCAUCUUCUGGAAGAAUUAGAGCAAAAUUUCCCUGAUGAGGUUGAAGCUUAUAGGGAGAGUCGUGCAACUACUGCUGCUGAGAUGAAACGUCUUGCACAGGCACAAAGUGCAUUGCCUAACGGGGAUGUGAGAGUUAAAACGGAGCAUUAAAGUGAUCUCAGCAUUGUUAUAUCAUUAGGUAAUCCUUUGGUUAUGUGUGUAGAUGGUCCAGCCUUAGCCUAUAAAGUAGUCCUUAUAGUGAAGUUUUACCCGAUCUCGUUGUUGAAUCACAAGUUCUAUUUUGUCAAUUUGAUGUCCCAAAUAAUCUCCUGUGGUUUUUAUCUGCCGGUUCGUAUUACUGGGAUUAUCCGUCUUUGUAUUAGUUAAGAUGGCAGCUUCAGAUGAUGUUUCCAAAGGCUAGAAAUUACUAUCUCCGUUGUUAAUAAAUGAACCAGUUGAUAGUUGAAUUUGAUCUUAAAUAUAAAAUUUUAAUUCA